AUGAAGUUCUACCCCGCCGCCCUCGUCGUCUUCCUCUUCGUCGCCGUUUCCCUCGUGGCGCCCUCGCUGGCGGCCGCCGACCGCGACAUCUCCAAGCUGAGCCCCGAGCACGCCAAGGUGCUGCUGGCCCUGCUCCAGCACCGCGUCGACAAGGUCGCGGCGGGCACGUCGCCGGCCGAGUCGAUCCGUUCGUUCUUCGAGCCGUCGCCGCGAGACCACUGCUGCCUGGUGUGGGACAACCUCAAGUGCGCGGCGUCGAUCCUGCAGUGCGUGAACACCUGCGAGACGGGCCUGCAGCCGUGCAUCACCUGCCUCGGUCCCAUGUGGGAGCAGUGCUGCUGCUGCCUGGACAACGCCGGCAUCCACGGCCUCCCCUGUCCCUCCUGCUGCAAAUAA